UACUUUAUGGAUAGCGUAUAUAUUUGUUCGAAUAUCGAAUCAAUGAUCGAGAACAAUCGAGAAUGCGCGCCAAAGUAUGUGUACAAAGGGUCGCAAGUGCAUAGUUAGAAAUUUAUGAUGAGGAAUUUGGCAAGUUAGUUAUUGAACGAGAACGAAUUAUAUAAAUAUAUUAAAAGAUGCCAUUAAUAAAGAAACCUAUGCGUUAUGCACAUCCGGAGGGACACACGGAUGUUUGUUAUUUUACCGGUGAAAGGAAAGGCCUUGUUACUUGUGGAUCGGAUGGAGAUGUACGAUCCUGGUUAAAUUUAAUGGAUGAUGAUCCAGCUGCAAGUUGUGUUUCAGAACAAGCUAUAUCAGUAAUAUCCAAGAAUGGAAAAAUAUUUGUUGGUAAUGAUAAUAACACAGUUCAAAUACUCAGCUAUCCUGAUCUUGAGAAAGAAGGAAUAGUUACUAGGUUUUCAGCACCUGUGUCUGCAUUAGCAACCACAAAAGACAGUAAUAUUAUAGUAUCAGGAUCAUGUGACAUGAGAAUACACGUUACGAAUAUUAGUACAUCAAAUAACACAGAGCUCUUUGGUCAUGAAGCCCCAAUAUUAGGUUUAUCAUUGGACCCUAAAGAAGAGUUUGUGGCAUCAUCAAGUGCAGAUGGAUCUAUACGAGUAUGGAAUAUUAAAGAGAAACGUGUUGCCAAUAUUUGGAAUAAUAUUGUACCUAAAUCUAAUUCAUUUUUUACGGCAAAAGUAUAUUGUAUUCCUUCCUUUCAAACUAAGGAUGGAAGUUGCCUUGCAUAUCCAUACAUGAAAGAUGUAGUUGUAGUGGAAAGAACUUCUUGGAAAGAAUUGUUUCAUUUAAGAUGUAUUAAUAUAAAAAGUGAGAUUAAUAUCUGUAAAUUUUCUGAAUGUGGUAAAUUCAUUGCUGUAAGCACUGUAAAUGGUGAAAUAAUUGUUUGGAAUGUAAUAACAAGAGAUUUGAUUGGAUAUAUUGAACAUCAGCAAAAUGCUAAAAUUACCUCAUUGGCUUGGAAUCUUGAUGAAUCAGAUGAAAUUGCAUUUUGUGAUAAUUUAGGCCAGUUAGGGUGCAUUGAUGUGACGGUUCCUCAGAAGUCUAAUGGCAAUGAAGAAGCCACGGAAACGAAUGGAGAUAUAAAAGAGGACGAUAUUUUACUGGACGAAGAAGACGACGAUGGAGAAAAUGUUAUAUCGUUAGAUAAAAUUAAAGCAUCAGCGAAUCUUGAAGACGAUCAAAAAAGUCAUUCUGAUGUAGAUUCUGUGAAACAACAAAUAGAAGCAAAUAUUUUUACACCAGAAUUUAAUUUGCAACUACCAUUUCAACCGAGUUCAUCCCCGGCGCAUUUAUUAUCUCGUUUUAUGGUUUGGAACGAUACUGGCAUGGUAAGAUGUUUUAGUGCUGAAGAUGAGGAUGAGUCUAGUAUCGAAGUUGAAUUUCAUGAUGUUACAAUUCACCGCAGCAUGCACAUCAAUAAUUAUUUAAAACAUACAAUAGCAGCUUUAUCACCAUAUGCACUCGUAUUGAAUUGUCCAUCAAGCAGCGACACACGAAGUAAACUUGUUGUAAUAGCGUUACAGGGUUGGGGUUCAGGGAAUAAGGAAUGGUUCUUGGAUCUUCCUGAAGAUGAAGAAGGACAUUGUGUUGCCGCUGGUGAUACCUUCGUAGCACUCGCAACAUCAAAAAGGAAUUUGAGACUUUUUACAGUAGGAGGCACGCAACGUGAAAUUGUAUCUUUACCGGGUCCGGUAGUUGCAAUGAAUGGGCUUAAAAAUGCUCUAGUAAUUGCGUAUCAUAAUGGAAUAGGUGCAUCCGGUGAUCAAAAUAUGAAUUUACUAUGGAUUCAAAUUCGUGGCUUAACUUUAUACAGCCGAAAAUUGUCUCUUCCACUCUCUCCCUCAUCAGAGCUUAUGUGGAUAGGACUUUCCGACCUUGGAUCUCCUGCUAUCAUGGAUGCUGACGAUGUCAUUAGAGUUUACAACAAAAAAUCAUCUCUUUGGAAAGUUGCCAGCGACUUGAGUGGACAAUCUAAGGGCAAAGCCGAUCACUAUUUCAUCAUUGGAAUUAGCGAACAGCAAAGCAUUGCUCGCUGUGUUUUAUGCAAAGGAAGUCAUUAUCCACCGACAGCACCCCGCCCUGUAAUAACAGAAAUAUCUUUAGAUCCACCGGUAUGCGAACCCGAAAGUGAAAAAUCUGAGAAAGAAUUGAAAUUGUGGAAAUUGGGUAGCAAUGCUGCUGAAGAACACGAAAUAGUGUUGGCUCUAUUUGCGCUCGCCUGUAGGAGUAAUUUGGAGUAUCGAGCAGUGGAACUGUGUGAACAAAUUGCUUCCGAGAAAGUCAUAGAACUGGCAAUUAAGUAUGCGAGAAGAAUGAAUAGAAUGGCUCUGUCGAAUAAAUUAGAGUCUAUCGCCGACGUGAAGGAAGACGAGAAAGAAAUGAUGCAAGCGGAGGUAACUAAAGAUAACGAUAUAGAGGAAACUAAAAGCGAUGAUGAAGUUAAAAAUGAUGAGAUCGAAGAAUCUACGAUUUCGUUGACUAGCCAAAAAAAGCCGGAUGUAGAAAUUAAACCAUUGUCUAUAAGCGAAUCUUUAUCGAUGAGACGAAGUAAUCCGUUUUUGAAAAGUGGAAACUCGCUUGAGAUCAAAGGAUUGGCUGGAUUAGAUACCGCUCCAGAAAAAGCACAAAAGCAGCCGACACCUGUUCCUUCAAAACCGAAAGUUAAGGACACCAAAGAUGUUCCUAAAAAGGAAACAUUUGUCAGUUGGUAUGCCAAGAACAAGAAAUACUUGCAGGAAGAAUUUCCCGAAUUAAGUACUACCGACUUAAUGAAACAGGCAUUGGCAAGGUACAAGGAGAAAGAUGACACUCCACAACAUAAAGGUACCACAGAAUCCACAGAAUCGAAGAAAAGGAAAUUAAAACAUGCAUUCGUGGACGUCAUACAAAAUGCAAUGGGCGUGAUGGGCCCAUGGCAUAUUGUGAUAGCAGUAGCACUUUCUCUUGUAAAAUUUCCAGUUGCCUGGCAUCAAUUGUCCAUAGUAUUUCUUGCACCUCCAACUAAUUUUUCAUGUGCUGCACCAAUAUCAGCAACUAAUGAAUCUACAAUAAUGAAGUGCUACGUAGAAACUGGAAGUGGUACAAUGGAAAAGUGUACAAGCUUUAAAUAUGACAAACGCAUAUUUAAAGAGAGCAUUAUAACUCAAUGGGACUUAGUCUGCGAUAGAGAACAACUAGCAAACUUUGUACAAACUUGCACAAUGUUUGGGGUGCUCGUUGGUAACUUAGUCUUCAGUAUAAUGGCCGAUCGAAUCGGCAGAAAGAAACCGUUGAUGAUCGCACUAGGAUUGCAAUCGUUAACUGGGUUUAUCAGUGCAUUUGUUCCUUGGUAUGAAUUAUUUUUAAUAUUCAAAUUUAUCUCUGCUGUAGCUACCGGCGGUACUAUGCUCGUUAGCUUUGUUUUGCUCAUGGAGAUUGUAGGAGUUGAAUGGCGCUCAAUUAUGUCGGUACUAUUUCAUGUGCCAUUUUUGUUGGGUCAUUUAAUGAACCCUUUAAUUUCAUAUUUAACGCACACAUGGGACGGAUUCCAAAUGGCAGUUUCUAUACCAUCAAUCUUCUUAUUAUCUUACUACUGGAUUAUCCCUGAAUCACCAAGAUGGUUACUUGCUGUUGGUAAACUAUCACAAGCAGAAGAAAUCUUGGUUAAAGCAGCUAACAGAAAUAAAAUACCUACAGAAAAUGUUAAAACAGCAAUUGAAACAUAUGAAGCUAGUGCAAGAAUUAAUCACGAAAAGAUUGAAGAGAAAUAUAAUAUUACACAUUUGUUUAGAACUCCAAAUUUAAGAACGAAGACAGUUUGUAUAUGUGUUAAUUGGUUUGUUUGUGGUAGCUGUUUCUUUGGAUUGGCACAGUACAUGGGUUACCUUGAUGGCAACAUUUUUGUGAAUGUUGCUGUGUCAGCUGCCAUUGAAUUGCCCGGAACUAUGAUAGUCCUUUUCUUGAUAUCACGUGUAUCACGCUUAAAAAUUUUGAUAAGUGGCAAUAUUUUGUCAGGCAUAAGCUUGAUCUUAAUUACUGUAAUAUCAAAUUCUACUUUAACAGUAUGUUUAGCUACUUUGGGACUUGCAGGAAUGGCGAUUAGUUUUCCGACCGUAUACCUAUAUAGUAGCGAAGUGUUCCCUACGGUAAUUAGGAACGUUGGCAUCGGAUUGGGAAGUGUUUGUGCAAGAACUGGAAGCAUGAUUGCACCAUAUAUAGCUACUAUGGGAAAAAUCGAACCCUGGUUGCCACCUGUAAUAUUUGGCAUUGGACCUUUACUUGGUGCUGCAUUAUGUUUCUUUUUACCAGAAACAAUGAACUGCAAAUUACCUGAAACUAUAGAAGACGGUGAAAAUUUUGGAAAGAAAAAGAAGAGAGAAAAUACAUGAAAAUGAUAUUGAUGGAACCAUGCAUGUAAUGGGUAAUAAACUCUUAAUUUAUUAAUUAUUUAUAUAUCAAAACUCGAUUAUUAGGCUCAUCACAUUUAAGAAGAACAUAGCAGUAUAUUUGUAUAUAAUAUUAUACUUUAUAAAAUAUAAAGUAAGUUUUUACAAUAAAUUGUAAACCUAUAAUAUA